CCGCGGCAGAAAAGCCAUGAACCGUCUCCUGCAGUCAUUCGUGGCAUAUGACGCGUCCGGCAGCCAGCAACCCCCGCGGUCGAGCGACGGCGCAGCGCCGUACCCUCGUGUGCAUUAUAACAACUCCGGGAACUAUGGAUCUCCGCCUCCGUCGCUACCGACGAAUGACGACCAGUACGAAACGUUGGACUUGGACUCGAUAGGCUCUGGGCAACAGCACGUACAUCCCCAGUACCCGUUGUCUGGUCCGCGCUCUGGAAGUCGCGGCGUUGGGUAUGCUCGGCAGCAAGAGAAUGGACCUUUCGCGGCGCAAUUCUCUCAACAGCCUCCGCCAUCGCAGCAACAAUUUGCGUCGUCGACGAAUUCGGUCUUUGACCAAUCCGGCUACCACCACCAAGCCACGUUCAUAUCUCAGUCCAGUACGCCGUAUCACCCGUCGGGAGGUCAUCACUUGCGCGACCACACACGUCAAGCAUCCCCUCCUGCUUUCCCCCCAGAGGCCAACUCGUUCUUUUCGCAAGACGUCCAUGAUGUCCGAGCCCCGCUUUCGUCGUCGUCGUCUUCCGCAUCACAUUCCUUCUUCGCGGACCAAACUGCUAUCCUGUCUUCUGCCUCGGACUUGUUUGGUUCCAGCGACCAAGCCGACGACUUCUUGUCCGCCUCGUAUGCGCCACAAGACGGCGCCACCUCCAGUGAACAUCACCCAACCCCGGCCUUUCACUACAACACGGCAUCAGGGAUAUCUGACGCAGGUGAAUUGUUUGGCGUAGGUCUUUCGUCCUUCGACGCUGUGCACACGCCUCUCGCGCACGAAGUAAAUGUACCAGCUCCACCAACGGACUCGUCCCUCGAGUGUCCGCCUUCGGCCGCCGACUUGUUUGGGUCCCCACCUCGCCCCACCACCACUCACUUGGCCAAGACAUCUCCUCCACCUUCCCCUGUCCGCCACGCAUCUGAACACGUUCAAGCAGCGUUUAGUGUGAUGCAGCUCAACCCACUUGAUGUAAACACUCCAUCUCCCUCAAUGCAAGCCACGACGGAAUGGUCUGCGCCCUCGUCGCCGGUCGUUUGUCCUGUCGCGCCGGCGCAAACUAAUCCUCCAUCGUCGCCAAAGCAUCAACUUGAGAGCAAACCCACACUGCAUUCCCUACCGCUGUCGCCAUCCAAGCCGGCUCAACCGUCUCCCACUCGACCUUCCUCGUCCCGCCCCGAUGUGCUAGAGCCGAAGUAUGUAGAGGAUGCCUCGCUUUCCACGACACCGCAUUCGCUGGCACCCUCGACGACUUCCAUGGACCACACGAAGCAACUGAUGCUGCAGUACAAACAAAUGGCCGAGCGACUCGAGACCGAGAAGAACGAGCUCCUCGACAUCCUCGCCGCUCAAGCCGACCAGUUCUAUGCCAUGCAAGCAUACAUUGAUCAACUCGUGGCGGAAAAAGCGGCAGUCGCGGCUCCGUAAUAUAUCUCUCUCGGCCAUCAACAUUUUGCACACUAGACAACGCUGAUCGACUCGAAUGGCGCACGGAGGCAAUCGCCGCGUUCUACACACAUGCAACCGAUGGCGUCAACAAGGCUACGGAUCCAGCACCAUCGACGACACUUGCUCCAUCUACGAGUUGCCACCACUCGUGGAUGAGACUUGAUUGCCCGGGAACAGUCGACGCAUCGCCACAUCGGCGGCGUCUGCAAAGGUACCUGGGACGAGAGGGCUUUGAGCUGGCCCUUGAUUUCUAGCAGGUCGUGCUCGGUGGACUGCUCGUUCGACUUGGCCAAGCACUUGGCCA